AUCGCAAUAAAGUAGAAAUGAAUGAUUUAAGUUCGAAAUUACACUGAGAAACGUUUUUUCACACUAUAAAGUACGUUCUUUUCCUAAAUAGUUACUACCAAUGCAAGUGUAUGUAUAGGAUUCCAUUCCUUAGAGAAAAUGACGUGUGUAAUUGAAAACGAAAAGUGAAGUCGUCAAAAAUCAAUAUGGGGAUUGCAGUUGCAAUGCUUCUGUUGGCGGUCCCGGCGGCAAUGGGGACCAUCACCGACGGCACGUGCGUCCAGAACUACAGGUCAAAAGGCACUUAUUUCUUCCCAUACGGCGUUCAGUUCUUAACGGAGAACUCGCCUAUAAUCUGCAUGAAAUACUGCUAUGGAUUGGGAUACAAGUACGCAGCGCCAGAAUUUGGUUCGAACUGCUGGUGCGGGAACACGAUGAUCAGCGACCUGUACAUCGCACCCGACAAAUGUGUCAACCCCUGCCUGGGCUACCCUUGUCAGACAUGCGGAGGCAACUUCUUCAACAACUUCUACACCAUACCAGCUGACGUGAAGAGUCUUGUCGACACGCCUUGUGGUGUGACAACAACGACUCCAACGACGACAACAACGCUUUCUACGACUUCAACAACGGUGACAUCGACUUCAACAACACCAGCAAUAGAAACUACUGCUGAGACAUCGCCACCAGCACCAGAAACGAAGCCACCAGCAACAGAAACGAAGCCACCAGCAACAGAAACAACGCCUCCAGCAACAAAAACAACGCCACCAGCAACAGAAACAACGCCUCCAGCAACAUCCAGCAACAGAAACAACGCCGCCAGCAACAGAAACAAAGCCACCACAACGCCUCCAGCAACAGAAACAACGCCGCCAGCAACAGAAACAAAGCCACCAGCAACAGAAACAACGCCUCCCGCAACAGAAACAACGCCACCAGUAACUGAAACGAAGCCACCAGCAACAGAAACAACGGCACCAGCAACAGAAACAAAACCACCAGCAACAGAAACAACUACCGCCCCAGCCACCGCUGUAAUGUCAUCAAUAACAUCGCUGAAUAACACACCCGAGACUACAUCGGCUCCGAUCUCUGAGACUCCAGCGUCCUCAACCGUCCAAACACAAGAUCCAGCAACUACAGCAGCAGCUAUUCCAGUGAAUGUUGCUAUUGAAACUACCACAACAGUACCUGGUCAAACGUCCACUGCAACAACUGUCAGCACAUCAACACAAAUGGCCACAACAUCAAUCUCCGCCGCUACAAUCUUAGGUAACAGUGAUGAAACCACGACCCGAGUUACCAUCGGACAAACAAUUACGGCGAUGCUUGCAGAUACUGCUACAACCACUGCCACAUCUGCGGCAACAACUGUCACAUUUGCUGCUACAACUGCAACAACGACUGCCGGGACCACUGCAUCUGCACCGAGCAGUGGCGGUGUCACUGCAGCAUCGGCUACAACGACGAACGACAGCUUGACUGAUGCAGGGACGCUAAUGGGCCUUAGCAAUACUGACACUACAGGUAAGAUAUUCCUCGUGAAAGAAGAACUACAGGUUUGUUAUUCCUCUCAGUAGAGUAGCCGCAGACAAGAUAUUCCUUUUGAGGGAAUAGCUGCAGGUAAGUUAUUCCUCUCGGAAGAGUAGCUGCAGGUAAGAUAUUCCUCUCGAGGCAGUAAUGAAUUUAAUGAAUAUGGAAUAUAAUUCAAUGAAUAUUUGAAUUGUUUGUCGAGUAGAACGGGCCAAGACUGGACUAUCAAUAAUCAUGCAAAUUAAACAGUGAGUGUGCCAUCCGUAGACUUAAAUGGUUCGCAUCACCGUAUCUAUGUAUACAU